AUGACGGUGAUGAUGACGAGUGAGAGAAAGUGGUUUGGGUUGGCGGUCAAAGCCGUGGUCGCGGCAGUUGCGGUGGCGGUCCUGGCUGCGGCCUGGACAGCGUAUGCGCCGUUUGUGCGGGACGUCUCCACGAUCGCAGCCUCUGCGCUGGCAAUGGCAGCGUGCAACGCCGACAGAGUGCAGGGCACCGCCACGGAGCCGCUGCUAAAGUUUGAGGUGGACCAGGCACCACUCAGCUUCGGCAGCGUGUGGCACGAUGCAGACCUGCAGUCGUACGAGGCGCGGUUCCUUGCCGCCAACGCCUCCGCCGUGUACGUGAGCCGCCUGCACGGCUGCGUGCUGCAGCCGCUCUCGCCGCACAUGCAAGCUGCCAGGGACCUGUACCACCGCGCUGUGUCUGCGGAGAGCGAACAAGACGCAGCCGAGGUGGGAGCGCUGCAGGCUUUGCUGGCGCAGCUCAGGCCAGGCGGCCCUCGCCAAACGCAAGCACACACCGCAGAUAAGGACAAGGAGAUCAGCAGAGGCAGCAGGAAGAGCGGCGAGAGCCAGGCCGACGACCAUCGCAGCAGCAGCAGCAGCAGCGAUGUUAACGAUGAUGCUAACGAUGAUGAUGAUGGCACUGGGUACUUUGGUGACACGGCGCUGUGCAGUGACGAUGAGCGGCUGAGCGAGGAAGAGAUUGCGGCGUUGCAGGCCAUCUUCGAUGCGGAGAUCAAGCGUGGAGAGCAGCAGCAGGAGCACACCCGCGGCCUCGCAGCCGUGCACUGCGGCAAGCUGGUGGCGGAGUCGUACGCGUCCUGGCUGAACAUCACGGCAGACAGCGCCCAGCUCGGCUGGUCCAUGAGCAAGAGCGUGCUGUCCACGCUCAUUGGCGUCGCUAUCGGGGAAGGCCGCAUCAAGCUGGAGGACCUGCUGGACCUGGACAUGGACGAGAGCGUCGACAACGACCUCAUCCAGCUGCGCCACCUCCUGCACAUGGUGGACGGCCUCGACUACAACGAGCACUACUGCAUGAUCAACGACCCCGCGCGCAUGCUGUUCCUGGAGCGGUCCACGGCCGGGUUUGCGCGCAACAAGGCGCCCGCCCAUCUGCCUGGCGAGCGUUGGUGCUACAACAGCGGGGCCACUAACUUGGCCAGUUGGAUGCUCCGCCAAUCUUUUCCCUCCUGGUGGGACUACUGGCGCUUCCCAUACGAGAAGCUGUUUGCACCCAUUGGGGCAAAGUCGUUUGUGCUGGAGACGGACAGCGAGGGCAUCUUUGUUGGCAGCAGCUUUGGGUUUGCCACCGCCCGCGACUGGGCACGUUUCGGAGUCCUCCACUUGCAGAAUGGAACUUGGCGUGGAAGCCGCGUGGUUCCUUCGCAGCCAGACCCAUAUCCAACCACAUAUGCAUUCAAUGACGGCGUGUUCGCGGACGGCUGGUGGUACCCGCCACAAGGGCAUGCAAACAUUACACGCCUCAGGGAGGAUCCAACAAACGCAUGCUUGGUGAAGUACCUCGAAAUGUGGGGCUGGGCCACAAAUGUGUUGCCUGCAGGCACGGCCUUCUCCGCAGGAUACAAAGGACAAUACAUAUUUGUUGUCCCGCCCCUGCACCUUGUGCUGGUUCGUCUCGGCAAUGGCUGGCAGGAUGAGGUUCGCAACAGCGUUGUCAAGCAAGUCUUAGACACCGUGACGCGCGCCUCUGCAUCACCUUCGCACAAACAGGCGGUGCAAUGGCAAUGAAAGCAGCAAAUCUGCAGGCACAGGCACAAACUAC